AUCAGCUGUGUCCAAUCACAGCUGAUCACAUAGCACUGAUGAUCAGUGUGCAAUGAUGAUCAGCGUGGCCCCAGAAGUGCCACCUGUCAGUGUCCAUCAGUGCCAGCUGUCAGUGCUGAACAGUGCCACCUGCCAGUGCCCAUCAGUGCCACAUCAAUGCCACAUAUCAGUGCCUACCAGUGCACAUCAAUGCCACAUAUCAGUGCCCAUCUGAGCUGCCUUUCAGUGUCACCCAUCAAUGCCUAUGCCUAUCAGUGCUGCCAAUCAGUGCCACCUAUCAG